UUGAUGACACUGCAUGUCUCUAUAAAUAGAUGUCUUAAGACCAUGAGUUUGUCCAUUCAUUCACCCAAAUAGUUCAGACAAGCUAAGCCCUUCCUUCACUUGAUCAUAUGACAUCCUUUGAGAUGCAAGAAGGCCUCAUAACAUAUGACAUGGAUGGAAGUGUUAAGUUGCUACCUGGAUACACGUUUGAUCCCACUGAUGAGGUUCUUGUGAAUUUCUACCUGAAGAGGAGGGUCUUUGCUCAACCUCUUCCUGUUCAAAUAAUACCAGAUUUUGAUGUGUUUCAGAUUGAGCCUUGGGGGCUUCCUGGAAAAGAUGGAAAGAUUUUCAAUAAGCGCACGUGCUUCUUCUAUAACACCAUGGGACGUGACCUUGGAGGCCUUGACAUGAGAGCAGCUGGGAGUGGUCAGUGGAAGGUUUUGGAGAAAGCGAAAAAUGUUCUCAUCCCUCAAAACCAUGAGGUGAUUGGGAAGAGGAACACCCUAAUUUUUUGGGAGGUGCAAGCAGCUUGUUAUAAGAGGACUAAAUGGGUGAUGCAUGAGUUCCGCCUUGUGUUAAUAGCUAACCCAUCUAAAGUAAAGAAAUCAUAGAUCGAAUAACGUGAGAUAAUGUAUGGUUGGUAGAAUAUAUAUUAUCAUAAUCUAAGCUUUUUCUUUUUUUUUUUAUUUAUCAUUAGUAUUAUCUGAUUACACAACUUUGUAACUCAAUAUGCAAAUGGCAAAUUGGAUUGUGUACCACAUAUUUCAGAAGAAGGAUUCAAAGAAUGCGAAGGAGGUAAGAGACUCUAAUGUGGAGAGCUCCAACUGUGGAAAAAAGGUUGAAAGUUUUGAGGUCCUUGAUUUCAAAAGGAAGAGUGGCGAUUUCUUAUACUCUACCUCAAUGACCCUUCCUUAAGUGAGGGCAGUAAAUCUGCUUGAAAUUUGUGGAAAAAGUUGUAAUAUUCGGGGGGUGGGGGGCUCUCUUUGGGUAUUAGUUUUUUUUUUUUUUUUUUGAAAUGCUCUUUUGGUAUUAGUUGAAUCAAGAUAACUGAGUAUGGUUGUUUUGAAUCCUACUAAGAAAGGUUGUUUUCAAGGUGUUUCUUAAGUUCAUUAAGAUAUUUUCGUUUUCUGAAAAAAACAACUUUUGAUGUUAAAUGAUCUAAAAUCACAAUGUGUACUUUAAUAGAUAAAG